AUGCCCGCUCCGGCCGUGCCCAGCGGUGCUCCAGCUGCAGAGGCCGAUGAAGCAGGUGAUUCACCCAAUGACCAAAAAAGCCCUGAGGAGGGGUCUGAGAAGAAAAAAGAGAAAAAGUCUGAAGCCUUGAACAUCAGAGGUGUUCUUUUGCAUGUUAUGGGAGAUGCACUUGGAUCUGUGGUUGUGGUAGUUGCUGCUACAAUCUUCCAUGUACUUCCUCUGGGGGAUGCUCCAUGUAACUGGCAGUGCUACAUUGAUCCAAGCCUCACGAUAAUUAUGGUGUUCAUCAUCUUGUCUUCUGCAUUCCCACUUAUCAAGGAGACCUCAACUAUUCUAUUGCAGAUGGUUCCCAAAGGUGUUAAUAUGCAACUACUGACUGACGAACUAGCUCGUGUACCAGGGGUGAGCAGCUUUCAUGAGGUGCAUGUCUGGGAGCUUGCAGGUGGGAAGAAUAUUGCUACUCUUCAUAUCAAGUGCCAAACCCCUACCGAUUACCAAGAUGCUGCUUAUAAAAUACGGAAGGUUUUCCAUGAUGCAGGGAUCCAUUCUGUGACCAUCCAGCCCGAGUACACUGACCACAAGAACUCCCAGAUACUGUGCAGCUCGCCCUGCAUCUCAAAAGCUUGUGACUCUCAGCUGUGCUGCAGUCAGCGGGAACCUCAUCUCGCUAAAACUAAUGGCUAUACUGAGAAAAAUGAUAGUUGCCUUUCUGCAGUGCAUAAAGACAAUGGUUCCAGGAAAACUGAUGUUGAAAUCCCUAUCGAGAACCCACUGGCAGAGGAGAGCAUGAAAAGUGUGAAAAAUUGUGAUGGCAAAUCCAUGUUGAGCAGUACACGACUUUAG